AUGGAUAUGAAGAUGAAGGGACCUCUUACCCACUUCUGGGAGUACGGCCAAUGGCUCGAUCCAUAUACUAAUGGUGAACAUAUUCGGGACCAUCUCUUGCGCGCCAUCUACGGGACUUUCCACAACGUGAAAGAGAUGGAGCCCGAGACUUACGCGAAUCUGGAAUUCGAUUGGGUAGCAUUUGUUGCUGCUCAGGGAGAGUUCAAGAAGUAUAAGGGAGACUACAUUCUUACAGAGACCGAUAUUCGCGAUCACAAAGUCUUCCCCGACGCUGUGGUUCAGAAUGCAGGCGCCUUUUGUCUACAUUACCCAGGCGACAAAAAGUACGACUUCCGUCUGCAGGCCUGGGAAUGGGAUGAGCGGGAUAAAAAGCCUUAUGACAUCCCUUUCCGGUGUCUCUAUUCGUCUAAUAUCUCGAAUUUGAUGAUGGCGGGGAAACAUAUCAGCACUACCCACAUUGGAGGAUCCAACGCCAAGUUCAUGGCCAAUGGAGGAUGCCACGCUCUGGCAACAGCUGCCGCGGCGCACUUGUGCAUUAAGCACCAAACCAAUCCUCGUGGUAUCUAUGAGAAUCACCUUCAAGAGUUGAAGGCAACUGUCAUCCGCCAGGGUCAGGGUAUCUGGGAUAGAAAAUCGGACAACAGACUGUAA